UCAACCACACUCUACAUUCUCACACAAAAAACCAUACUUCCAAAAAAAAAAAAAAAACACCAACAAUAUGAAAAUCAAAACAACAGAAUUUUUUUGUGCAUCACCAGCUUCAACAGCCAUAUGCACAACCAUGAACCAACACGCCAUGGUCCGACGUGGCGGUGGGUCGUCGACCACCCCACGGCCGAUAAACCACCGUCACUAUAACUAUUACAACAACCAUUAUCAAUUUGAUUUUGGAGAUAAACCAAAGUUUAAAGCACCAACAAUCCCUUGUACUUCACAACAACAUAUUGACCCUAAACCUUACACUGCUUACUUACAAAAAAACCGAAAAAGCACAUCGUCCGCCACCACUACAACAACAACGUUAAAAAACAUUCAUGUUACUAGAAAUGUCGAUGACGGUGUUAUGUUGGCUAGAAGAAAAAGUAGUGCUGAUUUGAUUGAUAGAAAUAAUAUAACAACUCGUGGUUCAUCUUCUAGAUAUCUUUUAAAUAACAAUCCUAUAUUUUUCGACGAAUUAAAGGAUAACAAAGGUGCAAUAGUAGUUAGUGAACCGGUUUGGCCAGAUUAUGAUUCACCUUCAGUGACCAAGAAGUCUUGUUUGUCAUCGUCUAGGCCGUCAAAUGCUAGAGGUGAUGAGUCUCCUGCAUUGGUUAAGUCUAGAUCAUCGUCCAUUCGAUUAGGUGCAACCGUGGAGUCCCCACGCCAUUUGAUAUCUUCGAGGUCGUCGGCUCGUUCUCGUGACCAGGUUGUGGAAUUGAGGGUGUCGAUUCAUUGCAAGGGAUGCGAAGGGAAAGUAAGAAAACAUAUUUCAAGAAUGGAAGGAGUGAAAUCAUUUCAUAUAGACUUAGAAUCAAAGAAGGUUACAGUCAUUGGAGAUGUUACUCCGUUGAGUGUUCUUUCAAGCAUUUCAAAGGUCAAAAAUGCACAAUUAUGGCCAUCUCCUUCCUCCUCUUCUUCUUCACCUUUUAUUGCAAUUGGAUUCUAACAUUACAUUUCUACAUCUUUUUUUUUAUUUGUAAUGAAUAUUUUGUAUUUUAUAUUAGCUUCGACAUGUAUUUCUUUACGUGUAUUUGUUGUAAAAGCACCAUAAAUCUCAA